AUGUCUUCAAGAGGGAGAGAUGAAAGAUUGACUCCGAAAAAACCCAAAGCAAUUACUACGAAUAUUGAAAAUACCCCUUCAAAGAGGACUAGAUCAUUAUUUAAGAAAUCAAGUAGAACCCACACUGAUAUAACAGUCUUAACAGAUGAUGAAUCUGAUCAAAACAACAAGAGGAAGCAAAAUAUUGUAGAUAUAAAUGCUGAAGGUAACCCUGAUAAGAAACGAAACUCUGAGGCUAGUGCUGCAAACUCAAGUUAUAAUAAACUAAGCCCUGUCAAAUUAACGAAGAAGGGAGGAAUUGUCAAAUCUCCACUAGAACAAACACCUACCCGAAAUGUUACUCUUCCUUCAGAUGUAUUGCUAAACCAAUUGUUCCUGAGGCGUGACGUACGCCAGUUGAAUGAAAUUCUAAAUGACUUAACGACAGAUAAGACAGAGGAGAUCUUUAACACUUAUAAACUCAUGGCGGAGCAACGGAUGAGAAAGUCUGAUAACCUUGUUCAGUCCCUCACGCAACAGAUUAAAGAUCUGAACAAUCAGCUUGAAGAAGGACCUUUUGCACUACAGCAACUUGAAGAUGAGAAUGAAAAACUUAGGCGGGAGCUUCAAAGUUUGAAAAAUCAAUCUUUUGACGAUAGUUCAAACGAACAACUUUCAAACAUACAAAUCAUUUUCGACAUGUUUGAAUUAAUGACAGGUGUAUCAUGCACCGAUUUUGAGGAAACAAACGAGCAGAUAGUAUUCACAAUGAGGCAAUCAUCAGUAGACUCUACCUUCCUGAUGUACAAACUAUCGAUUAAUAAGACUACUAGUCGACAUAUUGGGGAAAUUGAAUACCAUCCCAUAUUCAGCGAACAACUACAGCAAGACUUUGAAUCAGUGAAGUCACGUCUUCCAGACUAUUUGAAAGAUGAUCUGACUUUCCCAUACAAUACGUUGAGGAACUUUUUCAGCAAAGUUAGUAGGAGUUUAUCGGUGAGUAAGAAGAUUUAA